UCCCCCUCCGUGCUGAAGAGACGCGGGGGCCUCGCCUUCCCUCUUGCCUACCGCCCCCCGGCACUCCUCCCCCGCCCCAAGGAGGCCAGCACGCCCGGUGACACCGUGCCAGACUUGCCCGCGCUGCCCGGAAGCCGGGUGAGACCGCAGUGCUGCGGCGGAGUAUGCACCCGCCCGGCGCCCCGCUCGCUAUGGCCGACGGCGCCUUCUCGCUGGCCGCCCCGGCGGCGCGGAGCCCCGGGGGAAACCCCUCGAGGCUGCACAGCAUCGAGGCUAUCCUGGGGUUCACCAAGGAAGACGGGCUGCUGGGCGCCUUCCCGCCCGACGGCAGCGCCAAGGAGGCGGACCGGCGGGGUCCCCGGCAUUGCCUGCCCAAGAUGCCCGGAGAGCCGCCGCCAGCCGAACCCCAAGGCCGCGCCGAGCGCUUCCAAGAACCGUACUGUCCUGGCAGCGCCAGCCCCGAAUUGCCCGCUGGCAGCAGCGGCGAGAGGAAGCCGUCGGAAGAGGAACAGCCCAAGAAGAAACACCGGCGAAACCGCACCACCUUCACCACGUACCAGCUUCACGAGUUGGAGCGUGCCUUUGAGAAGUCCCACUACCCCGACGUGUACAGCCGCGAGGAGCUGGCCAUGAAGGUCAAUCUGCCUGAAGUCCGCGUCCAGGUUUGGUUUCAGAACAGAAGGGCUAAGUGGAGGCGGCAGGAGAAACUAGAGGUGACCUCCAUGAAGCUGCAGGACUCGCCCAUCCUCUCAUUCAACCGCUCGCCUCAGGCAACACCCAUGGGCCCUCUGAGCAGCAGCCUGCCCCUGGAGACGUGGCUCAGCCCACCGGUGCCCAGCAGCACAGCCCUGCAGACCCUGCCUGGCUUCGUGGCCUCACCGCAGAGCCUGCCUGGCAGCUACACACCACCACCCUUCCUGAACUCUCCAGCAGUGACCCACGCGCUGCAGCCCCUGGGGGCCAUGGGGCCACCGCCGCCUUAUCAGUGUGGGGCCACCUUUGUGGACAAGUUCCCUUUGGAUGAGGCAGACCCACGCAACACCAGCAUUGCAGCCCUGCGGCUGAAGGCCAAGGAGCACAUCCAGUCCAUUGGCAAACCCUGGCAGACAAUCUGAACUCCUUCUCAGCACCUGGGAGAAAGCCAUGGGGAAGGCACAUCCCAGAACGCCCGAGGGACACCCUUACCCUGCCUUGGCUGCCGCGGAUGGCCAGGCACAGGAAGGCUGUCCCUUGCACCAGCCUUUCCCCUACGCCUUGACUUGCUUUUGUAUUUUGUGGUCCUUUUAAUUCCCUUUUCCACAUCCCCUGAAGAGUUAGGGGCCUGAUCAUAGCUUAGGAAAAACAAUCUCUUUUGCUCUUCUCCCUUGGCUGGAUGCUUUAGUUGCAAUAAAAGCUACAGUAGGGCAAAGAGCUGUGUAAGGUGGCUGGGAACCCAGGACUACCGUACCUGGGAAGGGGGUUCUGCUUUUGCACCAUUAAAUGCCACCAUCUGCAUGGAGGCUGUGCAUCAUGUUUCUGAACCCAAAUGGGCAUCUUGGGCUGGACCCUCCGCUCUGUGUGAUGCACAGAAGGGCACGUCACAGCCCCUUGGCUGUGGGCUCUUCUCUGUCCUCCCCCAUCAGCAGAACCCUGCCCAAGCUGGCUAUGGCACUGGGGGCUGCAGCCCCAUGAUGGACAGAGUGCCCAGAUGGGAGUGGAAACAGUGGGGCUGGAGCCCUGGCAGUCCUUGGGCCAGGCACACCACUCCCACAACUGCCCUUAUGGAGUAGUGCCAGGCUCAGGUGGGCUUUGCAGGCUGGAGUCAGUGACAGUCCUUGCUGCCUCUGCAGAGAGGGGCCUCUGCCCGGCCCCCUACAGCCCAGUUGCCCACAGGGAGGAACAAACGGUUUCUGGCUGAGCACUGACACUCAGCUGGGGCCUGACAGGCUUAUCCUGCCCGUUCUGGCUGCCCAGCACAGCCCCUGGAGGCUGGCACAGAGCUGGGCCAUGCCUGCUCCCCUGCCCACCCAGUGCCCAUCGCCAGGCUGCCCAAACUAAAACUGCGGCAUCUUUAUUUUUCAUUAUCUCCGUUACUGCCUGUAAUGGGGCUGAGAAGCUGUAAUGAAACACCCCUUUUCCUCUGCUGGGCAUGGGGUGCUCUACACACUUGGGAGGUUGUGGCAAUUAACGUUUCUCAUUAGGGACGAGAGAAGGAUGCACAAGUGCCCUCAUUGUGUCCUGGGGAUGAUUCAAUGCAGACUGGGAGACCUCUCCUUUCACCAUUUCCCACUCAUUGUGGCCAGACAAAGGCUGGCGUCUAAUUAUAUUUUCACAAUCUGUGCGUAUCUUUUAAGAGUCCUGUCAGAAACAAGUAUGUCAGCUUUGUUCAGCUUCACUUCAGAGAGCUUUUUAACCUUAGACAGCAGUUUCCAAACAUCCCUUCAUACCCUUCUCCACAGCAGCCCCCAUCUAUUGUAUGGAGAGCUUCUUUUGCAGAUAAUAAUAGGAAUCCCUCUUGUUUUCAAAUGCCUUUUCCUCUGUCCCCAGCCUCCCUGCAGAUCCAAUCUGCCUCUCUGGACUAGAGCACACACUGUUCAGGACCCCCAGCUUCCCUUCCCUGAGCUGUGCUGGUUCAGGGCAUGCAGGGAAGCCAAGUGAGUGGUCUCUCCUGAAUUUGGGGUGAAUGAAGCCCUGCUGAGGGAGACUCUCUUGCUGGGCUCUGGACUUGACAAUUCUAUUAUGUGUGCAUUUGUGGUGGUGGUGCCCACCCUUCAGAGCACACAUCUCUUUGCUUCUUUGACAGAGAGAGGAAGCGCUGCCAGGAGAAGAACUGCCAUUGCUGUCAGGACCAGGGAGGUAUUUUGCCAAGUUCUAGUAAGGAGCCCUGAGUAAAUGAGAACAAAUCGUAUUGCUUCAGUUUUUAGGUCUUAACUCUAUUGGUCCUUUCACACGUGAGCUUUGCUUGCAUCACCAGUGGUGCUGGGGUAGCAAGAAGGCAUGGCUUUUCUGGUAGCUGCAGGAGAAGGAUUUCUCUUGGUGUACUUGGGAAGUGCCUGCAUAGCCUGGCUUGUGUCAGGAAGAGGCACACACUAUUGGGUGACUGCACAGGCUCUGCACACUCCUCCUUCUCAGGGUAGGAACAAUCUCACUCGUCAUUAUUUGGCUGCACUCCAGCUGUGGCUCUGAAGCUGAAAACCCUCUUGUAGGUGAGGACAUUAAAUUUCUG